CACCGUUUGCACAUAACGAACGGCAUGUUAGCAACAAUGAAUAGUGCCAAUAAUAACACUAAUAAUACUAAUAAUAAUAGCAAUAACUCGAAUAAUGCAAAUGCAAUAAUGACAACAAGCAGCACAAACAAUAUGAUGAAUACGAUCAAUUAUCAGUUGAAUAAUAACUGCAAGUUGUUAUCGAGACAACACUGUUUUUUGUGUGAUUUACCGAGGUGGCCGUGGGCAAUGUGUAACGAUUUCAUUGAACCUGUGUGUCGUGGAUGUGUCAAUUAUGAGGGUGCUGACAGAAUCGAGAAUGUCAUUGAAAGUGCUCGUCAGAUGAAACGUAUUCAUGGAUUUGCGGUUGGUGAGGUGAUCAAUAAUGUGGCUCUUCGAAAUACAUCUCUAACGCAGAAGGAAGCAUUAUUGCAAACGAAUGCCGGUCGAUACUCGCCCAUAUCAACCCUGAAUCGCAGCACCACUAACAACGCCAUCAUACAAAACUCUCUGCAGCAACACUCCAACCUUGCAAAUGCAACCACAUUACCACUACCUCAACUACCGCAGCUUAAUCAACUCACCGAGGCGCUUGUACAGCAACAACAGCGAUUCAUGAACUUGAGUGCAGUGGCUGCAGUCGCACGAGUAUUCCCAAAUCUAGUGGCGAGCAGUGUGGCGAAUUUGUUACCAGCAAAUGUAUCAGCUGGGAUCGGCUUAUCAAGGAAAAGGGAACAUGACUUGGAGGAUAUCAAAGCUGAUAACAUCUAUAAUAAAGUCCAACGCGGUUAUAUAAUAUUAUGCAAUGCGAGAGGUAAGAAAGAGAAGAUGAAGGUAUAUAAAGGUGAUGCUCAAACCACGUCUGUAUCACCAACGUCCACACACAGCCCCGAUAAUCCAUCAAAUAACAUUAACAACCGAAGAGCUUAUAACAGUAAUUUACAUAGUUAUCGUUUUAGUGGAGAAAGGGUGUUGAAAUGUACGUUGUGUCACGAAAGGCUCGAAGAUACACAUUUCGUGCAGUGUCCGUCCGUAUCAGCACAUAAAUUUUGUUUCCCAUGCUCAAGAGAGAGUAUUAAAAAACAAUCGAAUGCUCAGGAAGUAUACUGUCCAUCUGGAGAUAAAUGCCCAUUGGUGGGUUCGCAAACGCCAUGGGCAUUUAUGCAGAAUGAAAUAGCAACGAUACUGGGUGACGAUUACGAGAAGUACAAGAAGGAUCGCGAGUUGAACCAUGCGAGCAACAGUGCGUCAGAGAUGACCUCUGAACACCUGGCUGUUAAGGAGUUCACCAUACCCAGAAGAGGUGCAAAAGCCCAAAGAAAAGGAGUGAGGAGCAAAGCAUAUUCACUCGAGGAUGUCCCAGUAUCAUCAGAUGAAUUUAAAUCAGUUUAUUCUGCAGUAUUCUUCAAAAAUCUUUCAAUUCAUCAGAAGGAUCGAAAUAUAAAAAUUUCACGAUGUCAAUCAAUUCAUAAUGUCUCAAUUCAGGAGAAGUUCAAAUCAUAUCAGAAACAACUCGAGCAACAAGGCCAACCUUCUGAUGUAUCCUAUUGUUUUGUUCGCAUUGUUGGCCCGAAUAAAGAGAUCGAAUCAAUUGCGAAAUAUGGACUUCGUACGGGUAAUUCAUUCAUUGGUGAUCUCGGCGAUUCACUCAAGGGUGUACAUUUGAACGAAAGUCCAGAUUUAGUGACACCAUGUCAAUUCUACGAGAAAACGCGUAUUCGAAUCAUGGCUUUUAAGGUGUUGAAAGGUCGCAGUAAUGUUGUUGGUUUGAGUUCGUUCAAAUUACCACCGAGCAGUGGAUAUUCAUCGCAUAUUGCAAGAGCAUCAGUUGGUUGCGAUCAACUGAACAGACACGAACUGUUCAGAUAUGAUCAGGUGUAUUUAUACGAAGAAUGUGACAUUGGCCAAUAUGCAAGUGUACCUUCAAAUAUUCUUCCAUUCGCGCUUUUCUUUGUUGAAUUUCCACCGAAUGUAACAGCAGCAUUCAAAUAUAUGCCAAUAACAGUAUGGAACGGCACGUUGAAGAUCGCUGAUAAAUGCUUUCAAAACGUUAUUUUGCAAUCGAUCGGUUCUGUUUUUAUCAAACCACCCUUUUUAGAACGUGUUUUCGAGAUAACAAAACUUGUGAACUGGAAGUCAUGUUUAGAAUAUCCACCGAUUACGGAUUUACUUUCACAUCAAGUUGUUGGCAAAUUGUGUAUUAAAAAAGAGGUUGAUUACAAUUAUUAUUUGUUUAAAAUGUCACUACCCUCCGUGAAACGAUUGGCCACUUAUUUCAUAUUAAGAUCACAACAGGAUGAUUCACAUUCAGAGUUGGGUGAUAUGCACGAGUGUAUGCGAGUUGGGAAUGUUGCCGCAAUAAGUGUUUUGUCGAAUGGCUCCACAAUGGUUCUGAUACCGAACAGUGAAUUCAGCUCUUUGCUGAGUUUGCACUGUAAGGAUGGACAAUUUUUUCAUUGUUUGCACUUCUCGAAGACGUGCUUCGACUCGUUAUUGUACGGUUCGUUCGAGGUGUUCAGUGCGGAGGAUUUAAACGAAUUCAACCGUCUGCCCAAUGUCACCGAACGAAUAAACGCUCAAAGUGAAGAUGUCAAGGAUGUAAUCGAACAACUCUGUGAUACGUCCAAUACCGACACAUCACCCGAUAUGGAUAUCGAAGAUGAAAGUGAUGAUGCUGACGGUAAUAAUGAUGCAGCGCAAGGUGCAGCACUAUCGACUGCAGCAUCUACAUCAAAGGAUGCUGCAAAUCGAGUUGUUGCACCAGCACUCGAUUAUACACCUGUAUCAACUGCCCCCAGCACCACCAUCAAUGCAGCCACAAAUAUUUAUACAGCCAAAGCGGUUACAUCGGCCAGAAAGUCACCGAUAAGCGACUAUUCAAAUUCACCCAACUCCCAAUCCAAGCAGCCUUCCACCAUACCGACAGCAUCAUCCUCAUCAAACACAUAUCAGGCACCACAAGUAUCGCUGCUUGCCAAAGUGCCUCCUUCUCAUUCAUCCGCAUCACCAUCAACUACCAACAAUACUUCAUUUCAACUGUCCAAUGAUGCUAUCAAAAAACUCAACGAAAUGAUCGCCAAUGUCUCAGAUACAACUACUAACUACGCUACUACUUCCACCAAUAAAUCGGCUCUACCGAACACCUCAACACAGGAUAGAGAUGAUCGUAAUAUACUGUUUGUAAAAGAUCGCCGUUAUCAUCCCUAUCAGGAUGCGUCAUUACUAACGCCACCCCGUCUACUACAUAAUGUUGCUUUACCUGCUACGUUCAAUAAUGCCGAUCGAUCAACACCCAGCCUCGAUAACAAUCCAUCAUCUAAUUACAUUCAAUAUCCAACGUAA